AAAAAACGUAAAAGACACAUAUUCGUGAUCAACGUCAAAUUCUCUAUCGAACAGGCUAAAAAAAAACGGCAAAUUUUUUUCUUCACUACAUUUUUGCCUUAUGUGCAUCUUACAUUUUUGUUAAUUGGACGUCAAGACAUAAGGUCUUUUUUGAUCGUAGAAUCGGGUUUUCAUAAAUCUCGUCUCAAAACAACAUCUGUACUACCAACAUCGAUUCAAUUUCAAAUACCGCCAGCAUAUUCAAAUACCAACGACAAUCGACGAUUCUUAUUAGUGGAUAAAACAAGAAGCAAUGAACGUAUAUUGAUAUUUGCAACGGACGAACAAUUACAAUUAUUAUUUAAUUCGACGCAGAUAUUCAUGGAUGGUACGUUUGAUUCGUGUCCACCAUUUUUUGAUCAGUUGUAUGUUAUUCAUGGUAUAGAAUUUGGUAGACAAUUCUCAUGUGUAUUUGCAUUAUUACCACGUCGCAAAAGGAAUACCUAUGUAAAGUUACUUCGAUAUAUUAAAGAUAAUGCAAUUCGUUUGAAUACAGUAUUUAAUCCAACCAGAAUAAUGUCUGAUUUUGAAAGUGGUUUAAAAGCAGCAAUAGUUGUUGAGCAAGCCGUUUAUCGUCGUAUUCAAAAUUUGGGUCUAUCAACAUCAUAUAAUUCAAAUGAUACAAUUCGUUCAUAUUGUCGUCGAAUAACGGCAUUACCGUUUUUACCAAUUAAUGUUGUUGUUAAUACAUUUAAUGAAUUACAAGAUGAAACACCAUUAGCUAUACGGAAGAACUUACAACCAUUAUAUGAUUAUUUUAAUAAUUAUUGGUUAAAUACAAUCGAUUUAGAGAAAUGGAAUGUGUAUGGACUUGAACAUCGAACAAAUAAUAUAUGUGAAGGCUGGCAUAAUCGAUUUAGUCAACGUGUACAAAAACAUCAUCCUCAUAUUUGGCAUUUUACAGAUGUGUUAAAAAAAGAAUUUAAAUUUGGACAUGAUAGAAUACAAUUAUUAGCUGGUGCACCAAUGAAAAAUCCUCGACAGAAGACAACAGCUGUUCAAAAAAGAAUAACAACAUUAACACGUCAUUAUGAAGCACAACAACUCAAUGAAAUGGAGUUUUUGCUAGCUAUAUUAUUCGCCCUUAGUAAAUCAAAGAAUGGAUGA